AUGCGUCUGACUUCUGUCGCUUCGGGCAUUGCCCUCCUUUCCAUCCAGGCGGCUGCCCAUCCUGGCCACGAUCUUUCUGAGGAGAUUGCGGAGCGCCGCGCCUUUCUCGGAAACAUUGAGCGAGCUUCCCUCGCUCACUGCGCCGCCAAGCUUCGUGCUCGCGGUGUUGAGCAGCGCAACAUUGAACGUCGCGCUGCCCUUCUGAAGGACGCCCGUGAGAAGCUCGCUCUGAAGAAGAAGCGCGACGUCGAUACCGUGUUGGCUACCAGUCACAACAAGACCGAGCUUGGCUACACAAUCAACACGGAUGCGGAUACUCUGUUCAGCGGCCAAAACUCCUGUGUUCUCACUCCUGAGGUGACGCAGGGUCCUUACUACGUUGGUGGUGAGUAUGUUCGUCGCAACAUCAUUGAAGAGCAGGAGGGAGUCAACAUCGUCCUCGAUUACCAGGUCAUUGAUGUCGACACCUGCGAGCCGGUCCCCAAUGUGUACCUCGAAAUGUGGCACUGCAACUCCACCGGCGUCUACUCCGGCGUGAUUGCCAACGGCAACGGCGACUCGUCUGACGAGAGCAACAUCGACAACACCUGGCUUCGCGGGUCAUCCAAGGUCACCCCUGCCGUCUUCUCUACGAAGGAGGGGUGGUGUCGCCAAUUCGGCUUUCCGGCGGCGCCGGCGGCUCCGGCGGUCCCCCCGACGGCAACCCCCCCUCCGGCGCCCCGGCGCAACGGCACCGCCCCCGACGACCUGACCUCUGGCGUAGCCUCCGAUGCCUCCGCCACCGCCACCAGCUCCUCGACGGCCCUGGCCAGCGAGACCCCCAGCGGCGCCUCGUCCACCCGCCGUGCCAAGUGUAAGCGCAGCCGUCCCACCUCUCGUGCUUGA